AGAGACAGCCCAGACCUGGCGACGAGGGUCACUGCAAUCCAGCACUGAGUAUAGACGUCAUCACCCAACGAACGCGGUCGUCAAGAUUGCCCUCUCUGUUGUUCCUGCUUUCCGUCUGCCUACCAUGCCGUCUAUGGUGCAUGCACCGUUGAUCAACACUGGCUUUUUCAAAGACAAGACUGGGGAGCACCUGGCUUCUGCCUUCACUGCAGUGAAUGGAAGGAAUUCUCCGCCUUCACCACCGCCCAGAUUAAAUGCUUCCAACGGCAUGACCACAAUCACCCAACCGCGACCUGUCUCUCGGCAUAGUCCCGAGGAGUCGAAGCCCCGCAUGUCUGCCAGGGACAACUGGAGCCCUCCACGACCUGCCGCCGGAGCGCUUCAGCAAAACGCUUAUCAGAACGGCCACCAGAACGGCCACUCCAACGGUCACUCCAACGGUCACUCAAACGGCCAUCAGAACGGGAAUAGCUCAACAUCUCCCACUCUCUCCAAUCAUGGCAGUCCGCCCCUAAGUCCUAGCAAGAGGAAAAGAUCACCCUCAACUGAGGGCGGCUCACAGUCACCCCCGGACGAUGCCGUAGGACCGCAUCGCCGCUUAGACCCCCAUGCUCCCGCGGGAAGAGGCGACUCGCCAAAUACCAUUGCCCAAGUUCAACAACUGGUCAUGGAUCAUCAGCAUCCCCGCACACUGCCCCCUGUAGACAGGAUCGAUACCGACAGGUCGUGGGCACCCUAUAAUGGUUACCACGAGCCUCAGCCCCAGCGUCACGAUUUACUACGUUCUACAAACUCCGACUUGCAUCAAAGUUCCGCAGGCCAAUCCCAAAUGAGUGCAGGAGAUGCGCAAAAUGGUCCUGAACGGUCUAGCACGACUGAGAUCACGAAAGCUGGUGUUCAAGUCGACCACAAGAAGCGGAAGAGGCAAUUCGCCAAUCGGACCAAAACUGGCUGCGGAACCUGCCGACGGCGCAAGAAGAAAUGCGACGAGUCAAAGCCUGAAUGCAACAAUUGCCAGCGUGGUGGCUUCAUCUGCGAAGGCUAUGCCAAUAAGGUGCCAUGGCCCAAGAACGGAACACCGAGACCAGCUGCCCCCCUGGUAGCCAAGGAUCGGUUUCCGCCCGACCCAACACAGCAGCUCUAUCACAGCCAUGGUGCCCCUCGAGAAGGCUAUACCGAUUCCACUUCUCCAAAUGGGACUGAUGGUGGUCGCGCUCGCCCAAUCGUUGUGGAAGAGCAAGAUCACCCAUCUACAAGAAGUGGCUGGACGAACGGAUGGGGUGAUGCACCUCGCCCAGCGUAUUCGCAAGAACAGCAGCCUCAUCCAGAUUACACGCCUGCGCCUGCGCCUCCACAGUCAAGUUAUGGAAGGCCUCCUUCGAGCGAACACGCACCUUUAUCAACUAGUGCACCUCCUGUCCGGCAGCACACGGCUCGAAAUUACCAUCAUACUCAAGAGUCGAUGGCAAAGCACCUCAAUCAUAAAGGCACUCCUGCGGCCAACGACUUGCACCCAUCACAACAGGCAAUGAUGGUUUCCCACGCUACUUCUGCUGGGCCGCCGCCGGCGCCAUCGCACUAUGCCCCACCCCCACCUAGGCAUGAGAAGAGCGAAAAGACAAAGAUGCUGAAUGAGGAACCUUUCCAUCCUUUCGACAGAGAACUCGUUGCGGAGCGCGAGAAGUGCAAGAAUGCCAUCUAUCGUUUCAAUAAUACGAAUAACCCUCAUCUGAAGAUAUCUCCCGAUGAGGUCGAGCGGAACUUCCGUGCGAUUCUACUAGCGAGCUGGACCCAGACUUUUGGUGGUAACGCACCUACAGGGCAUCUGGGUAAACCCGUCAUUGUCGAGACUCCUUUCUAUUGCGACUACGGCUAUAACAUCCACAUUGGCAGCAAUGUAGCCAUUGGAAUGGACUGCAAGUUUCUAGACUCUGGCGACAUCACGAUCGGCGACAACACAACCAUUUGUGCCAACGUGACCAUCGACACUGUGAAGACGCCGACAGAUCCUCGAUUCGCUAGGGGCUGUGGUCCGCAGCGCACCUCGACGGCCGCAAAAGUACACAUUGGUAGGAAUGUGUGGAUCGGCACGAACUGCCUCCUUCUUGCUGGUGUCAGCAUCGGCGACAACGCCACAGUUCACCCCGGAUCGGUGGUUGUCCGAGAUAUUCCGGCUGAACGUCAUGCACGCGGGCCUCCCGCUGACUAUGUUUGAUUACUAUAUUACUCCUCGCACACAUGCCUCAGUGACCCAUGGAGAUCCUG